AUGCCGAAGAAAGGAAAGAAAGCCAAGGUAGUCGAAACCCCAGAAGAAAGGGCGCUGCGGGAGGCAACUGAGAAGCUCAAGGCGGAAGAAGACAGGAGGAGGAAGGAGGAAGGCAUGCGGAGGAAGCUGAUGGAGGACAUGGCUCAGGAAUCUCGAUUCUCGAAGCUCAACCUAGCCAAGAUUCAGAACCAGUGGAGGAAGCUGAUGAGGCUGUCAAAGGUUGAGUCGCUGAGGAAGGACAUCGAGAUCAUGUCGCAGAACCAUGAGCGAGAGGUCGACAUGAAGGACGCGAUCAUCCAGAUGCUCGACCGGGACCUGGACGAUGCCGAGGAGCAGUACCAGAUUGCUCUCCGCAGCCAUCUGCAGAACGUGGAUACGCUGAUAGACCUCUACAACUCAAAAGUGAGGCAGCUGGAGAAGGAGUUCGAGGAGGAGGUGCUCCAGAUUCAGAGUGACUUCCAGACGGAGAGGACCGACCUGGUGAGCAAGCACACGCGCGCCAAGGGCGAGCUGUCGGAGGUCAUCGACCUUGUAGAUCAGCAGUUCAGAGACAGCGAGCUGGAAGCGAAGCAGGACUUCGACUCCUACUGCGAGGAGCUCAAGAACAAGAACCUGGAGGACAGGAAUGUGCUCAAGAUCAUGCUCGAGUCGCAGAUCGAGGGGCUGGAGAAUCAUUUCGCCAACGCGGCUGAGACGUACGACCAGACGACGAGGCAGCGGACGCAGCAGUUUCGCAACCUGACGGCGAAAGAUCGCAAUGCAGCUCAAACCAUUGAGAUGCAGCUCAAGCGGCUGCAGAGGCUGCAGGACACGCUGUCGCACUGGCGCAUGAAGAUCGCGAGCAACGUCAAGGAGUGCGAGGAGAGGAACCGGCUGAUGCGGGAGGAGCGCGACCAGAUCUCGCGUCACUUCCAGGAGCUGAAGCUGCGCAUGAACAAGAUGCGAGACGAGCAGAGCGCGCGGCUGAUGGAGCUGAGCCUUCAGAGCAGGAAGUGCAUCCAGACGCUGGAGAACCAGAAGAAGCGAGCAGAGACGAUCUUGAGGUACGCCGAGCUCAACCGUAAGCUGGAGACGGAGCGAGAGAAGAUCCUCCCCUUCUAUCCCAUCACUGCCAUCGGCGAUGACCCCAGCAUCCCCGAGGAGCUCGCGACUGAGGCCCGCGCUAUGUCGAGCUAUGCGCUGGGACACGACGGAAAGCAGGUGGAGGAGUGGAGCUACCUGGACGUGUUCUUCAGGAGGUACAACCGCGUCCUGCUGGACAGAGUGGCGAUCGCCAAGGAGAAGGAGAGGCUGAGGAACGAGAACGAGGACCUCAAGAGCAUCCUCAAGCAGUACCUCGACGGUAUCUCCGUCAACGCUCAAGUGCUCUCCGACCCCAACCCGCUCUUCGUCCUCAACAACCGAACUAACAUCCAGAAGCGCCCUUUCCCCUCCGAGCAGUACAUCCCCGUUCAGAACGCCAACGUGGUGUAUACAACAUGGUGA